AGCGAAAUCCCCUCCUUGUUCCCCUGGGGGUUUUGCUCUUCCGGUGCUGUCAGCCUAAGAAGAGGAAGCCUUCUUCUUCCAGGAGGAGGAGCUGCGAGGAUUUUUGCUCAAAGAAAGCUACUCCGCUCCAUCGAUGGCUUCUCUUCUUCUUCCUCCUCAAUUCACUUGCUCCCUGCCUUCUUAUCACCGCAUCAGGGGUCAAAUACAUUACAAGACAAACAUUUUGGGGAAGAACAUGGCUGAGCCUACAGUUAGGUUUCUUAACCGAAAUGUGAGUUCUGCAUCAAGGACUUCUCAAGAUGCUGUGGAAGGUUCAAGCGAUGAAGAUAGUGAUGGUGAAAGCUCAACGAACAAGAAAAGAGCUCCGAGACGUGGAAGAAAGAAAGCCACCACAGAAACAUUGGAAGGUGGAACGGAAGAAAACCAAAUAAACUCUGAGAAAGCAUCUCCUGAAGAGAAUAAAAAAGUAAAGAGAAGAGGCCGUAAGAAAGCUGCUGCUACUGCAAGCUCAGAGGAGGAGAAGGACAAGGCAAAGGAACCAAAGAAGAGGGGACGAAGAAAAGUUAAAACUUUAGAGAAAUCUAGUGACCAUGAAGGAGAGGAUCAGAGCAAAGAUCUGAUGCCCUCUAAUGAAAUUGUAGGUCAGACUAACAAACAUAUUUUGGCCGAUGUUCUUGAAAGUAAAAUAGAGUCAGUCUUAUAUGAAGAUAUUGGAGAGGUCGACAGUUUAAUGCCUCUAGUGUGCUGCUUUGGACCUGCUAAAUACUCCUUUAUUCCUUCUGGAAAACCUGCUAAUAAGCUGAUAGAUCAUGAGAUUCAUGAUAGAAUGAAGGAUAUGUUUUGGUCUCCAGAUAAAUUUGUGAGGGCACCAGGAGGGCCUUCAUCCAAUGUGGCUUUAGCUUUAGCAGCUAUUGGUGGCCGGGUUGAGUUCAUGGGAAAAUUAGGUGAUGAUGAGUAUGGUCAAAGUUUGCUGUAUCACUUAAACAUCAACGGAGUUCAAACUCGAGCAGUCAGUAUGGACCCUUCAUCACCAACUACCGUGUCCUUGAUGAAGGUCACAGACACAGGCAGCUUGAAGACAAACUGUGUUAAACCUUGUGCUGAGGAUUGUUUUCUGCAGUCUGAUAUCAACCCGGCAGUUCUAAAAGAGGCUAAGAUGUUCUACUAUAAUUCGUCACCUUUGCUUGAGUCCACUACAGAGUCGUCUUUGUUAAAAGCUAUUGAUAUUUCAAAGAAAUUUGGUGGUGUAAUAUUCUUUGAUCUUAAUCUUCCACUGCCGCUAUGGUCGUCCAGUAAGGAAACUAAGUCACUCAUCAAGGAAGCAUGGGAAGCUGCUGAUAUUAUUGAAGUCACAAAACAAGAACUUGAGUUCCUCUGUGGUAUUAAACCAUCUGAGAAAUUUGACACGAUUGACAAUGAUAAAUCCAAAUUCACACACUACAGUCCAGAAGUUAUUAUGAAAUUGUGGCAUGACAAUCUCAAGGCCCUCUUUGUGACAAACGGUACCUCCAAGAUUCACUAUUACACUGAAAAGCACAACGGCUGGGUUCAUGGGACAGAAGACGCACCAAUCACUCCUUUCACUAGUGACAUGUCACAGUCGGGUGAUGCCAUUGUUGCAGCUCUCAUGAGGAUGUUGGCAAUUAAUCCUCACCUGGUCACAGACAAGGUUUACUUACAUAAGGCAAUCAAACAUGCUAUUACAUGUGGUGUCAUUGACCAGUGGGUGCUUGCGCGAGAGCGGGGCUUCCUUCCCAAAGAAAGAGUAGAUCCAACCAGCGAGCUGUAUGAAGUGAGAUCCAUCACAGAGAAGGAAUAUCGUACACUUCCUGAUGCCGUUCAAUCAGAGAACUCGUCUACCGGUGAACUUUUAUAUGUGGAGUGAAAGGAGAGACCAUCAGCAUCUAUACACUGGAUUCCAUAUUUAUUUAUGGGAGCUGCCUGCUCUUAGCUGGAGUUGGUAUUCAUAAGAAUUAGUUUAAACCUGCAGUUUUUAGGUUUGUUGAGUAUAGGUUGAUAGCUUCAAGAGUAAGACUAACACGUUGGUAGUGUCAAAUUUUAAAUUGAAUGUAAAUGUGACUGAUGUCAGAUAUUUUCCCUAGAAUGACAUCUUUGUUCAUUCUUGAUUUCUCUGCAACUUAUUUUCUGUCUGAUCACCGCCAUAUGGCACCAUUAUUACUUGUGAAAUGAAGCUUCUUUGAUCUUA